AUGGAAGAAGAAUCCGAAAUUUCCUCAGAGCUUCUUCCAUUCGUCAGAAUCUACAAAUCCGGCCACAUCGAACGAAUUUCCGGCACCGAAAUCAUCCCAACGUCACUAGAUCCAACCAACGACGUCGUUUCAAAAGACGUCCUAUACUCACCGGAACAUAACCUCUCCGUUCGUCUCUUCCUCCCUUCAAAAAAAUCAAUCUCCUCCGGUAACAACAACAACAAACUUCCUUUACUUAUUUACAUCCAUGGCGGAGCUUGGAUAAUCGAAUCUCCUUUCUCACCGAUUUACCACAAUUACUUAACGGAAGUUGUUAAAUCGGCUAACUGCCUCGCCGUUUCGAUUCAGUAUCGUCGUGCACCGGAAAAUCCGAUUCCGGCUGCGUAUGAAGAUUCAUGGUCAGCGAUUCAAUGGAUCUUCUCUCAUUCCGAUAGAUCUGGUGAAGAAGAUUGGAUCAACGAAUACGCAGAUUUCGACAGAGUUUUUCUCGCCGGAGAUAGCGCCGGAGCUAAUAUGUCUCAUCAUAUGGCGAUGAGAGCUGGUAAAGAGAAAUUAGAUCUGAGAUUCAAAGGGAUUGCGAUUGUUCAUCCAGCUUUCUGGGGAAGAGAUCCAGUUGAUGAACACGAUGUUCAAGAUCGAGAAAUCAGAAACGGAAUUGCGGAGGUUUGGGAGAGAGUCGCGAGUCCGUAUAGUGUGAAUGGUACGGAUGAUCCGUUGUUUAAUGUAAACGGAUCCGGGUCGGAUUUUUCUGGGUUGGGUUGUGAGAAGGUUUUGGUUGCGGUGGCUGGGAAAGAUGUGUUUGUACGGCAAGGAUUGGGUUACGCGGCGAAGCUGAAAAGGAGUGAUUGGGGAGGUGAGGUUGAAGUGGUUGUGGAAGAAGAUGAAGGACAUGUGUUUUAUUUGCAGAAUCCUAAUUCUGAAAAAGCUUUGAAGUUUUUUAAGAAAUUUGUGGAGUUUAUUACAUGUUGA